CUCCAAUGACUAGCCUGGUCCCAGAUCAGUACUGUAUGUGCUUCAUCCAACUCCUCUGACUAUUUUUGUCAUGCAAUACAUAAUAUGCAGUGUACCAUAUUAUAUACAGUAUAUGCAUAUGGCAUGCCAAUGAUAGGGGAGUUGGCACAUGCAGAUCUGGGAUCAGGCGAUCCAGUUGACACCUAUGACACACAUUACCUCUCAGUCAGUUGCAGCCAGUCACACAGGCCAGAUGUGAAAGUGACUUUACACAUUACCAAAACAACUACGUUAUUGAUGGGCAGAAAUGUGAAUGUCAAGUUAAUAAGUAACCAUGAAAACCUUUGCUCCCCUUUGUCAUUCCUGAGUCAGUCCUCAAGCAAGCACAAAACUGUUCUGUUUUAGGACUAUUGAACCAGCAUUUUAAUUGAGAAUUUCCUUUCCCGAAGACAAUAGAGGCAGUUAUGCUGAAGUAGAAGAAGUAACGAUAUUCUGUCAGAACAAGGUAGCCCUCUGCUCCAGCACCAGGAAGUCUUACCCUUCACCAGCUAUCCCAGCAUGCAAUACCCCUCUGUGGAGCCCACCAUGUCCUCCCCGCCAUACUACUCCAGUCAGAACUACUACCCCCAGUACAACAGCGAUGAGUGGUACUCACCCACAGGGAUGUAUCAACUGAGGAAAGGACCCCUAGAGGGCACUUAUAAUGCUGAAAUGGAAGAGGCGUCCACCAUAGUGCCUGCGGUGUGCAAUAGGACCCGGCACACAUCCCACACAGGCAGUGUCAAAGGGGAGGAGCUGUGUGUGGUGUGUGGGGACAAGGCAUCCGGGUAUCACUAUAAUGCUCUCACCUGUGAGGGGUGUAAAGGCUUCUUCAGGCGGAGCAUCACCAAGAAAGCUGUGUACAAGUGCAAGAAUGGAGGGACCUGUGAGAUGGACAUGUACAUGCGGAGGAAGUGCCAGGAGUGUCGUCUCCGGAAGUGCAAAGAGAUGGGCAUGCUGGCAGAGUGUGAGUAUCAGGCAGAGUGUCUGCUGACAGAGAUCCAGUGUAAAUCUAAAAGGCUGAGGAAAAACCCCAAGGUCUCACCAGGACAGUCCACCGGGGACGAGACAGAGGGGGGAGACAACGGAGACACCAAACAGGUCACCUCCACCACCAAACUGUCGAAGGAGAAGCUUGAACUCAGUCAAGAGCAACAGGCUCUCUUGAGCUUCAUCGUAGAAGCUUAUCAGAAACAUCGAAUUCCUCAAGACAUGGCCAAAAAACUGCUACAAGAGCAGUUCAAUGCAGAAGAGAACUUCCUUCUUUUGACAGAGAUGGCCACCAGUCAUGUUCAAGUGCUGGUGGAGUUUACCAAAAACAUUCCAGGUUUCUCAGCCCUGGACCAUGAGGAUCAGAUAGCACUGUUGAAGGGCUCGGCAGUGGAGGCCAUGUUCCUGCGCUCAGCACAGGUGUUUACCAGGAAGCUGCCCCAUGGACACACAGAGGUGUUGGAGGACAGGAUACGCAAGAGUGGCAUAUCAGAGGAGUUUAUUACACCCAUGUUCACCUUCUAUAAAAGCAUCGGGGAACUCCAGAUGAUGCAGGAAGAACACGCCCUCCUCACCGCCAUUACCAUCCUGUCACCAGACCGGCCGUACGUGAAGGGCCAGCAGGCGGUGGAGAGGCUGCAGGAGCCCAUGUUGGAGGUGCUCAGGAGGUUCUGUGCCAUGCAGCACCCGCUGGAGCCCCAGCACUUUGCCCGUCUCCUGGGCCGUCUGACUGAGCUGCGGACACUCAACCACCACCAUGCUGAGAUGCUCACCUCCUGGCGCAUGAGCGACCACAAGUUCACACCCCUCCUCUGCGAGAUCUGGGACGUACAGUAAAUGGUACACAGAGGCUGCAUGGAUGGAUGGGUGGAUGGAUGGGUGGAUGGAUGAGGGAGAGGAGAGGAAAAACAAACAUUUCACCUUAGUGACUCCUUUGACCAUUUCAGAUGCUGCAACCUUUUCAGAAGCUGACCAUUUUACAAUUUCCGAUGUUCUGACUUUGGACUUAACACCGCUUGAGAUGUUGUGAAGGAAUGUUGUGUAGGCUAUGCUCAGGUCUUCUGUGAGCUUUUGUGAUGGACUACUUGAAUGUGACCACCUGUUGCCAAAGAAACUUGGAGAUAUUAUUUAAAGAAAAGAUCUCCCAACGGGAUAAUGGACUUAUAUAGCAUUGACAAUUCAUGUUUUAAUCACUCAUUAAACAUAUUUUGACUGAUA